UAAAAAAGAUAAGCGAAUAACGCGUGCUCGCCAAUUUUUGCUAACAAAUUGCUCGCUCUUAAAGCCCGUUUAUUCCAUUCGCGAUUCACGGUCAAUUCGAUCGAAGUGCAUCCGCUGGAAAAAGCCGACGGAAAUUCGCCAGUUCGACUGCAAUUUCGUCAUGAAGAGGAAAAUCGUCGUCGACGUGGACGUCGGCACCGACGACUACUUGGCCCUGCUGUAUCUCCUGGACGUGGAAAAGCGAGGCGAUUUGGAGAUAUUGGGGAUCAUUUGCACCGGAGGCAACGCCGCGUUGGAUUACGUCGCGGUUAACGUGGUUAGAUUGCUGGAAACCCUCGGAAGGACCGAUAUACCGGUUUAUAAAGGUUGCAAAAAUCAGAUCAUCCUUCACAAAGACACCACGUUGAGGUAUCACGGUGAAGACGGUUUAGGCGAUUUGGAGUACGAUAGAAGCCCGGAUUUAUCGAUUAUUAAAGAUGUACCGGCUGCAAUUGGUAUCCAUGAUAUCGUGAAACUAGCACCUAAUGAGGUAACGAUGGUGUGUUUAGGACCUCUUACCAAUUUAGCUUUGGCUUUGAAAUUGUACCAUGAAUUGAACAGUACAAUCAAAGAGGUGUGGCUCAUGGGAGGAAAUUAUACAGGAGUGGGUAAUGUAUCUUGCGCGGCGGAAUUUAACUUCCACUAUGAUCCAGAAGCUGCUUACAUAGUAUUGGAAAACUUAAAAUGCCCAAUUUACAUUUUCCCAUGGGAAGCUUGCCUCGUUCCAGAAAUACCAAUAAACUGGCGGUUCGAAACUUUAGGUAACUGCACGCCAGAAUUAGACGUGCUAACGGCAGCCGAAAAAACCUUGGCCACAAAGCACAAUCUAGAGCAUUGGCUACCCUGCGACGCUUUCCUGGCCUUUUGCUUCGCGGCGCCCCAGCGACACAUAACCAAAUCCAGUUCCCAUCACGCCACCGUCGAAUUGCACGGCGAAAGCACCAGAGGCCAAGUGGUGUUGGAUCAUUUGAAGAAAAACGUUCCGAACGUUGUCAUCAUCGAGGAUAUCAAUAGAGACUUGUUUAUGGAGGAAAUGUUGAAAUUGAGGAAAUGAAACUACCAUAAAUGUAGAUUAAUUUAGUCGAGAAUAGAAGAAAGGGAGUUGUGUAGUUUUUGUAGCAAAGAAGGACCAACAUAAGCGAUAUACUAUGAAUGAUAUUAAUAUUGAACCGUGUACAUUUUUGUUGAUUUUGGUAUAAAAUUAAAAGUACUAAUUUG